CGCACAGCACCACCUCCAGCACUUCUGUCAUCUCAAGGAACAACUCUUUGUUCUAACCUAACUUCGUGCGGGGAAUACACUGUUUGUUGGUGGUAGUUAGAGAUUUCUUCAAGUUAAGGUGGUUGUGUCAUGUUAGUUUAAAUCCGAGCUUUGUUUGGCUCUUGGAUAAUCGUGCGUGAUCUGCGGCGGAUACAUUGAUAUUGUAGUGUGCGGACAGAGGGGCUCAGAGGAUCCGGAUGAAUGGUUUCUAAAUGUUGACCAGUAUAAACGAAAUACUCAGUGGACAUAACUGAAAGCUCCUGGACUCUCCAUCUCAUCUGUUUCAGAGACAGAGGGACAAUGUUGUGGGACAGACUGUGCUGGCUGCUGGCCCUGCUGGCCUUGUCAUCAGGGGCGCUGCCCCCCUCCAACGAGCCCCUCUCUGCUCCCCGGGUCUUCCUUUCCUUCAAAGAGUUACGGUCCACUGGCACUGCUCACCACUUCUCCUUUCUGCUCAAUUCGACUGACUACCGGAUUCUUCGCAUGGACGAGGACCACGACCGCAUGUAUGUGGGCAGCAAGGAUUAUAUCCUGUCUCUGGAUCUGCACGACAUCAACAAGGAGCCGCUCAUAAUCCAUUGGCCUGUGGCCCCGCAGAGGAAGACAGAGUGUGUCUUGUCAGGGAAGGACACCAACGGGGAAUGUGGAAACUUCAUCCGCCUGAUUGAGCCAUGGAACCGGACCCACCUGUAUGUGUGUGGGACGGGGGCGUACAACCCCAUCUGCACCUACGUGGACCGAGGACACAGGUCGCAGGCCUCCUAUCUGCAGGCACCCCAAUCUGGAGGGAGAACAAGUCGGGCAGCAGACUUCAGCACCACAACAGGGCCUGUGGAGGCAAAGCAAUACAUUUUCCGUCUGGAGCCUGGCAAAGUGGAUUCUGGGAAAGGCAAAUGUCCUUAUGACCCCAAACUCAACAGCGUCUCAGCUUUGAUCAAUGGAGAGCUGUACGCAGGAGUCUACAUAGACUUCAUGGGGACAGACUCGGCUAUCUUCCGCACACUGGGGAAGCAGACAGCCAUGAGGACAGAUCAGUACAACUCCAGAUGGUUAAACGAUCCCACAUUCAUCCAUGCACACCUCAUCCCAGACAGUGCUGAGAAGAACGAUGACAAGCUGUAUUUCUUCUUUCGGGAAAAGGCCUCAGAGAUGGGCCAGAGCCCCAUGGCCCAGUCCAGGAUAGGGAGGAUCUGCCUGAAUGAUGACGGUGGACACUGCUGUCUGGUCAACAAGUGGAGCACCUUCCUAAAGGCCCGCCUCAUCUGCUCAGUGCCCGGAGUCGACGGCAUCGAGACACACUUUGACGAACUGAGGGAUGUAUAUAUCCAGCCAACUCAAGACACAAAGAACCCUGUCAUUUAUGGAGUAUUCUCAGUUUCAGGGUCUGUGUUUAAAGGUUCAGCAGUGUGUGUGUACUCAAUGGCUGACAUCCGUAUGGUCUUCAAUGGACCUUUCGCCCACAAGGAAGGACCCAACUACCAGUGGGUGGCGUACACUGGGAAGAUCCCCUACCCCCGACCUGGAACUUGUCCCGGAGGUACUUUCACCCCCAACAUGAAGUCCACAAAGGAUUACCCAGAUGAGGUUAUCAACUUCAUGAGAAACCACCCCACCAUGUACAAUGCAGUUUACCCAGUGCACAAGCGCCCCCUGGUGGUCAGAACAAAUGUGGACUAUGAGUUCACCACAAUCACUGUGGACCAAGUAGCAGCUGCUGAUGGGAGCUAUGAAGUGCUCUUUCUUGGGACAGAUCGGGGAACAGUCCAGAAAGUGAUCGUCCUGCCAAGAGACGACCUGCAGACCGAGGAGCUGGUCUUAGAGGAAGUGGAGGUCUUCAGGGUUCCCACCCCAAUCACCACCAUGAAGAUUUCAUCAAAAAGGCAACAACUGUAUGUGGGUUCAGUUUUGGGCGUGACCCACCUGGCUCUGCAUCGCUGUGAUGUGUAUGGGGAGGCCUGCGCUGACUGCUGCCUGGCCAGAGACCCGUACUGUGCCUGGGAUGGCAAAUCCUGCUCCAGAUACUCUGCCUCACAGAAGAGGCGUAGCCGUCGACAAGAUGUAAAGUACGGCAACCCAAUCCGCCAGUGCCGAGGGUACAACUCUAACGCCAAUAAGAAUACUCUGGAGACAGUGCAGUACGGGGUGGAGGGCAGCACAACCUUCCUGGAGUGUCAGGCCAGAUCUCCCCAUGUGUCUCUCAAGUGGCACCUGCAGAGGGAGAACAGCGACAGACGGAAAGAGAUUCGCUCAGAGGGUCGCACCCUGAAGACAGAGCAAGGUCUCCUGAUCCGCUCGUUACAGUCCUCUGACAGCGGCAUCUACCAGUGCACAUCCACAGAGAAGAACUUCAAACACACACUUGUCAAGUUGCAGCUUGUGGUCCUCUCCAGUCGUACGGUCAACAAUGUGCUGGUGGAGACGGGCAGCCCGGCGCUACCUCCGCUCCAGUCCAGCGCCUGGACUCCAAGCGCCGGCCAGUACAAAGACCUGCUGACUAUCCUGAGCCAGCCGGAGAUGGGCCUGAUCAACCAGUACUGCCAGGACUACUGGCAGCUCGGAGACGGCAACCUCGGGGACACCAUGCUGGGGCCCAACAAGGCCAAAAGCCUGAAGGAGCUGAAGGAGCAGAAGAAGCCGCGCAACCGUCGGCAUCAUGAUGAGCAAACAGCUCCAGCUGAGACAUGAGGAGCUUCACACACUGGCCUGUCCCGCUCAAUCAACCCAUAUCUUCCUGCGCUCAACCUUUUCACAUCACCUCAUAACACUCUUUCCCCUUCUGUACAACCCUGCGACAAGGGGAAAGACUUCAGUCUAAGGACAGAAAAAAAAUGUAAUUAUAACGGACAAGAGAGAUACUACAACCAAAAGCAACAGUCACAAGCAGCAAACAGAUUUUAUGUAACUGUUGGGAGAAAAUACACAAUAUUUAUUGUAGGUUGUAAAAAGUAAUUCUUUGUACCUAUCUAGAAAAAAAACAUGUUUUUUGUGAAUAGGUAAAUCUGUGCAAAUAUUGUUGUUAUUAUAAUAUUAUUGUUAGUGUUAUUGUUUAUUACAAUGUGUUAUUAUAUUGAAAAUAUCUUUAUGUUUUGUCUUUCUGAGAAACAGCAACGAUACACAGACGGGAUGUUGAGAGUAUUUACACAUGGAGAUGGACCAUGUGGGAUCAUUUGACUGCUGGCAGUAUUUAGUGUUUAAGAUGGAAGUCGGGUCACUGGUGGGGUGACAUGGCCGAACUUCCCUAAACGUCUGCACCAGGACCCUUUUUAUGUCGGACAGUUGUUUUUACUGCAAGAUACAGCCAACGGACAGAACGAUGGGAAAAAUGGUAUUUCAUGGGACAUGUAAGGAUAAAAGAAAUGCCCAUAGACUGCAGCUCUGAGGAUACUCUCACGGUCACGCAGUCAUAUGUAAAUGAAAGGCUGUUUGUGACAAGUAUGACGUCUACAUGUAAGCACCCUCCUUCCACGUGAUCCAGCCUGGCCUGAGACUGUCAAAUCCAGAUACUGCGGCUACAGCACCCACCCGAGUUUCUUCCAAAAAUCAGUUGCUGCCCAGUGUUUGUUUUGUUUAUGUGUGAAUAUUACAUCUCAAUGUUGUAUCCUUAACAAACGUGCUGUUUGUGAUAAGCUGUUUUUCCGGGGGGGGGGAAUGGGUCUUCUAAAUCACACGAAAGCUGAAAAAUGACAUUGCCUUCUCUUCUCUCUUUUGAGACAAGAAUUUCCAGCAGGCAGCUAUAUGUGAAGUUUGUGACAGUUUGUGAAAACAAAAAUAUUAGCGACAAAGCACCUUCUCUUGCCAAAUUGGUGAUCGGGAUUGAUUAACGGUAAAUACUUUAUCAGUGAUCCAAAAAAAUUGUGGCAUAUGCAGUAUGUUCAUCUGAGGGAGAGCAUGCACGUUGUAUGCUCAGAGGGUUUUUUUUUUUUAAGCUCUCAAACUCAUCCGAAAGUAUGCCCCCAAAGUUUGCAUUCCUGCCAGUUCCAAGCUAAGUACUAGUUUCAGUAAGUGAACAUUGUUUCUGCUGUCCUGGGUAAUCAAUCUACACUUAGAAGUAGAUUACGGCAGACAAAGAUGCUGAUUGCAGUGCUUGAGGUUUGCCGAUUUUAAUUGCUACUGUGUUUACUGCAUCGGUUGGUUAACCAGCGAAACUCACAAAAAUUUCUCAGCCGCUUAUUUGGUCGGUCUAGUGCAGUGCCAUCUUGCUUUGAAAUGUGCCACUGACUCGAUGUAGAAUAUGAAAUUAUUGCUGUUUGUACUGAGCAACUUCCAUCCAGAAAAAAAAAUGUACAGAACUACAACCACUAGGAUGCUGAUCGUCACCGAACCUGAAGAGAAACGUGUACCAAAAUCUUCAGAAAGGUGGCUUUCCAUUGUGCAUGGCAUGUACAGUGUAUGUAUAUGAUAUUUGUCCAAAAUGCUAUGUUGCUGUGGAUGUCAGUGAAUGUCUUUUUUUGUUGUGGGAAUAUGGAAAUAUUAUCAGUGCAAGAAAGAUGUACUCACACCCUUUAUGGUGGAAAAUGCUGAAAGUAUAGAGGGUCUGGUUCGGAUAGUGGUUUUAAGCUUCCUCUCUCUCUCUCUCUCUCUCUCUCUCUCUCUCUCUCUCUCUCUCUCUCUCUCUCUCUCUCUCUCUCUGCUGUUCUCUUUUUUCAGUCUCUCUGUCCUAUCUCUUUUUUCUCUCUUCGUCUUUCCCUCUUGCUCUCUCUAUUGAAAAUUUACAAAACUCAUUUGCAUAUCUCAAACAUGCAUCUAUUUUACUUUCUUCAUUUCACAAAGUCUGCUCUGGGUCAUUGAGGUAAAGUCCUGUAUGAUAAAAUGCACAGUUGAUGUUAUUGUAAUGACUUGUAUAAAUUACUUUAAAUCUU